AUGAUUAAUUUUCCAUCUGCACUUACUGAAGAAGAAGAAUUUCUAAAACAGAAAUAUGCCAAACUUAGAAAAAAGAAAAAGGCUUUGCAAGCCAUGAGGGUAGCUAAGCCUGAAAGUCAAGCAUCAAACACUCCUCCAGCCAAACGACCUUUAGAAUCUUCUGCAGAUGCUUUGGAACAUGCAAAACAGCUUCUAAAAUCUGGAGCCAUCAAAUUGAACAAUGAAAAUAAAGACAAGCAAAGCUUUAAAAGAUCCAAGAACUUUGAAAAAAAACUAAAGGAUCCCGAUAAGACUCCAUCUGCUGUUGGAUUUCAGCCAUUUUCAGCCGCCCAUCCUGACACUUUGGAGAAAGAAAAAGAUGAAGAACGUGAAGUUUCUAAGCCUCGGAGGAAAAAUCUUUCUGAGAGUUUUGUUAUGGAAGGAAGCAUGAGAGAAUCAAAAGAUAGUUCUGAUGGAGAACAGCAAACACCUUACAAACGACCACGUCUCUCAGGGUUUGAUCGUGACCGAGAGGACCGAAGGGACAAUCCUAAGAAAGGCAACACCAUUUAUGUUCAUGGUCAUGGAGUUACAGAAGAGUUAUUAAGAAAAGCUUUUGCAACAUUUGGUACAAUUGUAAAUAUAACAAUGGAACUUGAUAGAAACUGUGGAUUUGUCAGCUUUGAAAAAAUGGAAUCCGCAGAACAAGCUAUAUCUGAAGUAAAUGGUAGCAUAAUUUCUGAUGUCCAACUAAAAGUGUCUUUGGCCCGAAAGCAGCCAUCUUUUAACCAGCCACAUGAUCAGUCAUCAUCGUGGGGAGCCAUAGCUGCCAGUUCAUUAUCAACAAGCAGUUACAAAGAAAAACGAGAGCAGAUUACAUAUGAUGAGGAUAUCUUUUCAUGA